AUGGGAGACGCGGGAAUUCGGAUCUACCGUGCGUCCGAGGCCGACAAGGACGCUGCGUGGUCGAUUGUCACAGCGUACAACGAGGAGAUUGGUGUCAUCGUUCGCGACACUCCGGAGGGAUUCGCCAAGUACUUCAACCCCGACUCUGGCCUGUGGCUCGCCGAGCAGGACACUAGCUCGGGGAGAAAGGUUGUAGGCUGCAUCAUCCUUCGACCCAUCCACGUACCGGGCGUUGAGCGAACAGCUGAGGUCAAGCGUCUCUACGUCCUUCCUGAAGCUCGCGGGCUGCGUAUCGCAGACAAGCUGCUGGAGCAACUCGACCAGUUCGCGAAGGAGCAGGGCUACGAGUGGGUCUACCUCGACACAAAGGACGACCUCACCGCGGCGAUCAAGUUCUACCGACGCAUGGGAUACGAGGACUGCGAGCGGUAUAACGACAACCCGCAAGCCACCAUGUUCAUGCGCAAGAAGGUGGAAUGA